GUCUGGCCUGUACCCUUCUAAAUUAUCAUUUAUUUUUAAAAAGUGAUCUGUUUUUAUUAUUAUUAUUAUCUUUUAAUUUUCAGGGACAGGAGAAGAGUUUGGGAAACUUGUUAGGAAACAGUCAGUAUUUAAUAUGGAGCCACUAGUGAUGAUGUAUUUACUGCUUCUCUCCUGAGCUGCUCAUUUAGUUCAGAAUUCUCAGUUCAGCUCACUGUUGUGACAUCAUAAUGGAGAUUCCGUUCUGGCAGCUCUAAACUGCUGUUCUGACUAACUUUCUUCUGUUGGUGUGUUAGGAGAGAAAAGAUCGAGAGCUACUUUCGUGACUUUCUGCAGAUAUUGACGACAAAUACUGAAUUCACUUGCAGCAUCUAGUGUCCACAAUGGCACGGUUCAGCACUGUAUUUAGACCACUUUUUGAGUGUUUUGCUCACUUCUUUCAUAAAAGGGAGACACCUUUGAGGGCACAACAGUGUGCAGCACAAGAACGGGCGGCACUAGAGAAACUCCCAGAAGCAUCAAUGAUGAAGGCAGAUGAAAGUGAGGCCUUCGACUUCACUGCCCAAAACAAGAAGUGCAAAAAGAGACGCCGCCAGUCUGGAGAGAAAGAGAAGAAAAGACAGGUGAAGAGAAAGGUGAAGAAGGAGAGAGAGAUGAAUGAGGGAGGAAGUCAUAAAGACAAGGCUGAAAAAGAAAGUGAGACAUUUAUCCUUGAAAAGAUAAAGGAUAGAGGACAUGUGCCACAGAAAAAAAGAGAGUCUGCCAAAUUCAGAAAGAUGCAGAGUCUAGAAAAUGUGAUGGAGGGAGGAAGUAGGCAUAGAGAGGCUGGAGAAAAGAAAAAGAAGAGGAGAAACCAGAAGGAAAGAAGGACAACUGAGCCUACUCCACUUCUUGUGGAGGUCAAACCUCAGCAAAGUCUAGUCAGUCCUCCAGUGAGAUCUUCCUUCUUGAAGCCAAUAGAAGGAGAAUUUCCAUUGCUUCCAAGUGUCUCUGAAGACCUUCCUUUACCAGCUGCUCGCUUCAAACCCUUGCCGCCAGUGACCAGACCGCCCAUGCAUCCUCAAAAGCAAGAGACUGCACCAGAGGAAGUGUCCUUGCCAUGUUCUCUUCUUCAAGUGGAUUCUCCCAAACCGUUGGCAGCACCAGAGGAAGUGUCCUUGCCAGGUUCUCUUCUUCAAGUGGAUUCUCCCAAACCGUUGGCGAAACCAGAGGAAGUGUCCUUGCCAUGUUCUCCUCUUCAAGUGGAUCCUCCCAAACCUUUGGCAGCACCAGAGAAAGUGUCCUUGCCAGGUUCUCUUCUUCAAGUGGAUUCUCCCAAACCGUUGGCAGUUCCUCCAUGUUCCACUCCAACACCUGAUGAACUGUUUUGCCUCCGACGCAUCCAAGUCAGUCCUCCCAAACAACUGGUGGUUUCUCCGAGCUCCUCUCCUGUAUCUGAUGAAGUUGUUGAUCUGCAACGUUCUUCAGCUCCAGUGUGUUCUCCCAGCUUGAUGAAGGCUCAGCCGUCCACUUCUUCCCUGUUUGAGCCGCCUCCACAACUCAUGCUCAUCGACAUAGAGGAUGAGGAGACAGAGUACGUGGAGUACACGGGGAAGACCAUUCGGGCCUGUGACUUACCCAAUUCUGAACUCCCCCGACCUCAGGAGGCUGAAAUGAAACCAAGACGGAUGGUUGCUUGGUUGGAGAGUGACUGCGACAUGCCGGAGGAAGUGUGGGCAGGUGAAGUGGUGGAGGUCCAGGGAUCUGAAGAUGUGAAAGAUAACACUGAUGAAAUGGGAGACUCCAAUGCCAUAGAAGGGACUUUGGAUGACUCCUCUCAGAAAAAGGAGGAGUUGGAUAAACACAUGAUGAAGCUGUUUGGUGUAGCCUCUCCUGAAGGUCCCAAGAAUGAGACCCAGCACAAUGUGAAUGUCCAGCAAGAGACAAAGAGGAAAAGAAAAUUGCCACUUGUUCUCUUCAGCUGGGCAGAAGAGAAGGCCAAGAAAAAGAAGGAGAAGAAAAUACAGAAGGAGAAGGAGCGAAGAGAAAAGGAGUUGCUGCUUGAACGCUACAGGAACGAUCCAAAACUGAAGCACUUGUUGAUCAACAAGCACAACUGCAACUACUGCUCCUCUGAGUGAAGAUCAUUGUCCCUUCCCAAAACAUCCUCUUCACCUUUAACCUACAGCACAAUUCUGUGUACAAAUAAAAAAACUGUGCAAACUAAAA